CGAAGAAGAGUUGAGUCGCUUCUUGUUGCCAUGGUGACGCAUGAAGUUGCAGCGGCAGUCCGUGCUACCGAGCCGACAUGACUCAAGAUAAGACUGAAAUACUUGGACUGAGUAGACUUUAAACUUCACAUCAUCCACUACUGUGCAACUAUAUUCAACAGAUCUUCACAUCUCACUGUAGAAUACUUCCUUCUGGACUUAUCCUCGUCCCGCACAGCCAUGGAUUCACAGGUUGGUCCGUACCUCAACAGCAAGGCCCUCUGCUCGCCCCUGGGUGCUGCCCGUCUCUGUCAGUUAGCUUUGGGCUGCGCUGUGAUUUCCAUGGUCACCCACAGCGCUGGCUACAGUGGCUCACAGGGGGUGUUCUGCAUGGCGGCCUGGUGCUUCUGCUUCGCCGUGUCAGUGGUGGUGUUCUUCGUGGAUGCUACUCGUCUCUACAGCUGCCUCCCUGUAUCAUGGGACAACCUUACAGUCACAUGUGCUGCCUUUGCCACACUCCUGUAUGUGACCGCCUCUGUAGUCUACCCGCUCUUCUUUGUUCGAUCUGAGUGCCCCUAUGAAGGCUGUGAUGUCCGAAAUUUCCGCAUUGCCGUCACCAUCUGCUCCAUCUUGGCUACUCUGGCCUACGGAGCUGAGGUGGCUUUGUGCCGUGCCAGGCCAGGCCAGGCUGUGGUGGGCUACAUGGCCACGGUCUCCGGCCUCCUCAAAGUCAUUCAGGGCUUUGUUGCCUGCAUCAUCUUUGGAGCCCUGGCUAAUGGGAGCGAGUAUUCCCGCUACGCUGCCACAAUCUACUGCGCUGUGGUCUAUGCUUUCUGCUUCGCUCUGACUGCAGUGGUGGUCAUGAUGACCGUGUGUGGGCAGACCAGAGCUGUGCGCUGCAUGCCCUUUGACCGCUUUGUGGUGGUGUGCACCCUCCUAGAGGUUCUACUCUACCUGAGCGCAUCAGUGGUGUGGCCUGUGUUCUGCUUUGACAGUAAAUAUGGCUCUCCAUGGAGGCGAUCACCAUGUACAUGGGGGGCAUGUCCAUGGGACAGCAAGGUUGUGGUGGCUGUGUUUUCCUUCAUCAACUUUGGACUAUAUGUGGCAGACCUGGUCUACUCCCAGAGGCUACGAUUCAUCUCCUCACAUGUCCCCACUAACCUACGAAUGUAGCACCAUAUGGACUUUAUGUGGCACCACUGGCUUAACAGGUUUAAGUUUUUAAUUUGUUUCAUGGAUUAUGAUGAUUGGUGUGUUUAUUUAGUAUUGAAGAAGUAAAGAUGAUUGAUGAGGAGAAAUGGAUAUGUGUCAAAUAUUGGACGCCCAGGACAUCACAAAUGCGGCACAUAGUCUACUGACUGCUGUGGCACCCAUACACCCCAAUUUCAAUCUGAAAACACUGUGGAGUGUGACCAAGGAAUUUUACCACUGUCCUCUCUGCCGCACCCCACUGAGGUGACACCCUGUCCCUCUUACUGACCCUGUCUGCCCUGUGAUAAAUUUAAAAAGAACAGACACCCUCAACUAAGGAGCCACAGCCCAUUGGUAUGUCCUGCCAAAUCCUUAGAAAACAAGACACUUCCAUUAUUCUUAACCUAUGGUAACACGCACACGCUUGCAUACUACUUGUAUUUCUGUUCAAAUAAUACAUAAAAGUCUUGUAUAUAAAUAGAAAAUCUGGCAUUGGCAUCUGUGGUAUGUCUGUCACCCCCACACCAGGCAUCUACAGACAUUACCCAGGCUGCCAAAAAUACACACCAGCUCUCUAUACUCAUGUGGAAGCUGUGAGACAGCAUUUAUAAGAGACUGGUGUUUCUCUUAUGAAAUGAUUCCGUUUGGCUACAAUACAAUAUGAAGUACUUUGUCUUGUCCAAAUGUAAUGCUUAUUUGCAGGGGCGGAUCUAAAAGAUUUUGGAUGGGAUGGUCAGGCUGGGACACAGAUUCAGAAAGGGGUGAGACAUUUGAAAUACAUGUAAAAAGUAAAUUAAACCCCUAGUUUUAUGAAAUAAUAAACCAUUUUUAAGAAUCAAAUAGUUUAUCCUGUGUAAAAAUGAGACACAUUGUGCAUUGUUUAGCUAACUUUGGCUAUGCUGCUAUUUACUCCUGGCCCAGGACAUACUGUAGCUGCUGCAUAUUGGUUCCCCCUGUACUUGGC